AUGAAAAUUGUCACUACCCUUGUAUGUGUUCUCUUCGGAGUGCUCAACGUAUACGUUGCAGCUCAAUGUGGUGAUCGUCCAAUUAAACCUAACAGCGACAAAGUCGUCGGUGGUAACGUCGCUACUCGUGGUGAUUGGGGAUGGUCUUGUUCCAUGCGUUACAACGGUCGUCAUAUCUGUGGUGGAUCAUUGAUCAACCUCAGAUGGGUCAUCACUGCUGCUCACUGCGUAAGUUCAUUAGUCGCCGCAAACUAUCAAUGGAACUGUGGUAGCCACGAAUUAAACAAAAACGAAACCUACACCCAACAUAUCAAAUCAAUCACUGUUAUCAAACAUCCAAGCUACAACAGCCGAUUGAUUCAAAAUGAUAUCGCUCUCUUCGAACUCGAAAAAGACAUCGUUCCUGACAAUUACAACAUGCCUGUUUGCUAUCCAGCUGCAACUGAUACAUAUGAAGGUAAAGAAAGUUGGGCUACUGGCUGGGGUUCAACAUACUCUGGUGGCAGUGUUUCAAACAUUCAUAUGGAAGUUGCCAUGCCAAUCUUAACCGAUGCUGCAUGCAAAUCAAAAUUCGGUGGAACCAACAAUAUGUUAAAUCCCGCAACACAAAUCUGUGCUGGUGAUACUGGAAAAGGUAAAGAUACAUGCCAAGGUGACUCCGGUGGUCCAUUGGUUGUUAAACAUGCUAAUGGUAAAUGGUACAUUGUUGGUUUAACUUCAUGGGGUUAUGGUUGUGGUGAUGGUGGUGUGUACACUCGUACUUCAGCUUUCCGUGACUGGGUUUUAGGAUACGUUAAAACCCUCCCAUAA